AUGAGCAGCAACGCCCAUUCGGUUCCUGCAACGGACCCCAAAGUCUACGACGAGUAUCAGCAGAAGUGGUCUUCACUCCCAACGGACGAAGCCGCGUGGCUCCAGAGAGCCAAAGACGUUGCAAACGUGCUAGCCGUAGACGCUGCACAGCGUGAGAGAGAAAACAAGUCACCUAGAGCUGAGAUUACGCUGCUGAAGCAUUCUAGUCUUCUCAAGGUUCUGGGGUGGAAGAAGUAUGGCGGUGGUGAACAACCGUGGAGUGUCGGCUACAAGGUGAUUCGCGAGGUUUCCAAGGGGGACGGAUCAAUUGGCAUGCUUCUGGGAUAUCACUUGCUAUGGUCAACAACAGCCAACGUCAUUGGCAGCUCAGAGCAAGCUGAUCGUACCCAGGAUCUCAUCAUCUCUAACAACUACUUUGUCGGUGGUGCUGUGAACCCUCGCGACAGCGAUCACAAGAUUACUUCAGACGGCGACAACGUCGUCUUCAAUGGCUUCAAGAACUUCAACACCGGUGGAGUCAUCUCCGACUUGACCGUCCUCGAAGGUGUUCUUGAGGGUACGGAAGACCACCUGUAUGCGUUGGUGAAGACUGACCAGCCGGGCAUCAUUUUUUCCCACAACUGGGACAAUGUUGGGCUGCGUCUGAGUGAGUCAGGAAGCGUUAAGAUCGAGAAUGUUACUGCGCCCUGGUCCGAUGCGCUGGGAUGGAAUGCGGCCGAGAAAAAGCCAGAUGACUCCAUCCUCAAGAUUCCAUUUGCUAGUUUGCUUCUUCCCACUAUUCAGCUCGUUUUCAGCAACUUCUACAUCGGCAUUGCCUGGGGUGCAUUAGACUUUGCGUCAGCCUACACUAGAAGGAACACACGCGCUUGGCCUUUUGGCGGUGAUGACAAGGAAAAAGCCGAGGACGAGUUUUACAUUUUGUCCACCUACGGCAACUUUCUAGCUCAUCUCCGAGCAGCUGAUGCGCUUGCCGACAAGGCAGGUCUCGAGAUUGAUGCAUUGUAUAAGUACUCUGGAGACCCAGCGACUAGAGCUCAGGUCACUGCUAAGGCCCGAGGAGAGGCAGCUGAGUGGGUUGCUAGCGUCAAGGUCACAGCGACUGAUACGGGACUUCGGGUUACAUCUGGUGUGUUUGAAGUGACUGGUGCCAAAGCCACCGGAACCAAGGUUGGUCUUGACAGGUUCUGGAGGGAUAUCAGAACACACAGUCUGCAUGACCCUGUGUCUUACAAGAACCGUGAGCUCGGGAGAUAUCAGCUGCUUGGCGAGAUUCCUGAGCCAACAUGGUACACUUGA